AAUCAAUGUACCCAUGAUGGGCAUUGAAUUCAUAAAUCGGUUUAUUAAUUUGUUCUUCUUCUUCCUCUUCACCCCGGCCGGCUGCUACGAGGUGAAAUUUAUCGAUUUGUGGAACUGUGAAGCGAUUGAUAGACUAAUUGUAGUUUGGUGAAAUUCUGAGAUGGCUCCGGUUGGUCCUCGAUCCGGUGAUGCGAUCUUCUCCAGCAUCGAUCGCGUGAAUGCGGAGUUGUUCACGUUGACAUAUGGUGCAAUUGUGCGUCAAUUGCUUACUGAUCUUGAAGAAGUUGAGGAAGUCAACAAGCAGCUUGAUCAAAUGGGAUACAACAUUGGAAUCCGACUUAUCGAUGAGUUUCUAGCCAAAUCUGGUGUUUCCAGAUGCGUUGAUUUCAGGGAAACUGCGGAAAUGAUUGCCAAGGUGGGUUUCAAGAUGUUCUUGGGGGUCACAGCAUCAGUGUCAAGCUGGGACGCGGAUGGGACUUGCUGCAGUAUAAUCUUGGAGGAUAACCCGCUCGUUGAUUUCGUGGAACUUCCCGAUACUUGCCAAGGUCUUUACUACUGCAAUGUCUUAAGUGGAGUCAUAAGAGGCGCUUUGGAAAUGGUCUCAAUGAAGACAGAAGUGACAUGGACACGUGAUGUUCUUCGAGGAGAUGAUGCUUAUGAGUUGCAGGUGAAGUUACUGAAGCAAGUCGCUGAGGAGUAUCCUUACAAGGAUGAUGAAUAGAAUGUCUCUCUCUUAUCUUCGCUCUUACACAAAGAGAAACUAUUUACUAUUCGUAGUCUCUUUUGUCUCUCUGCUUUCUUAGCUUGUUUUUUUUUCUUCUUCUUUUCCCGGAAAUACAAACCAUAAGCUUUUAAUACUGCUUUAUGUUUGGGACAAACCAUUAAUCUAUUUCUUAAUGUUCUUAUGGGUUAAUGUAA